AUGGUCAGCUACCUCUUGCUCUCAGGACUCGUCGUCCUCUACUGCGCAGUCGUGGCCAUACGUCGCGUCUAUUUCAGCCCAUUGAGCAAGUUUCCCGGUCCAACCAUUGCAGCUCUGACCACCUGGUAUGCUGCCUAUCAUGACAUUGUUCGCGGCGGCCAGUGCACCUUUGUCAUCGAGGGGAUGCAUCGCAGAUACGGGCCCGUCGUGAGGAUCAUGCCUGACGUCUUGCAGGUCAACGAUCCAGCCUUCGUCGACCAGCUCUACGCCCCGCAGUCCUCGUCACACCGUCGCGACAAGGCCUGGACCGUCCUCAACUUCUUCCAAACGCAUUAUGCUUCCAUCUCCACGGGACCCCAGGACCUUCACCGGCCGCGCCGCGCCGCCAUGGGCCGCUUUUUCUCCCAGCAAAAACGGUUCGCGCAGACCGAAACGCCCUUCGCCAUCAAUCCUGCGCUGCAGGCUGCCACCAAGGAUGUCAUCCAGAACUAUGCCCUCGGAAAGGGCGUCAAGUGCCUCGACCAGGAGGACUUCAACGCCGCGUUCUUCGCCGCCUGGCAGUCGUGGCGUCCGUGUGCGGGCGAGAUGGGCGUGAUGGCCAGUAGCGUGGUGUGCGCAGACCUCGUGUACAUUGCGUCGCUUGCCAGCAUCGUGGAGCACCACGGCAACUCCUUUCCGGGAGACGAGAGACGAGAGGCAAAGCUCAACCACAACGGAGGCCUCUGA